AUGCGGUACAUUCCGGGAUGGGUUCCAGGUCCUUCCUCCUUAGCCAUCGCUGUGCCUUCCAUACCGAAGAAACCGCCCAAGAGCAAUGGGAAAAAAGCCAAGUUGACAGCACCCGAAAGAACGAACCCUCCCCCAGCUUCGAUAGGACAUGAAGUGGCAGAGGAGCAACGGAGAACGCAAAUGAAACCGAGCGGCAGCGGCUCAGGGAAAGCGGCAAAGGAUGCAACUGAAGCUGCUUUGAAACCUGAUGGUCCCAAGCGAACCUUGGACGACGAGAAAAUUCAAGCUUCUGAGGAGGACCGUGCGAAAUUUGCAGCUCGAGUGCGAUAUGCAAUGUUUUCGGCUCCGUUCUCACAAUCUUGCGGUCCAGAGAUCAUAGAAAUGGGCCAAGCGGGAAAGUUAUGA